UCGAUUCUUUCUCAUCCUAAACGACACCAUCUUUCGUUACACAAAUGACAAAUACCAUAUCAACCUACACUUAAAUGCAUGUUCUGGACUUCUGGCUAAUCGCGAGAUGAUUCAAUCGUCAUUCGUGACUGAUAUAUUCACUAAUCGUUUCAUCGCCUUUUAGAGUUGGCUUAACAGCCUUUUGUCUAAAUCACUGUCUAAAUUUAACGAUGAACGUAGGAUUUCCGUUUUCCGACCUAAGCUCAACGAGGCAUUGUUUCGAAAUUAAUGACGCUUGCAUUUUAGUGGCAUUUUAGCGUUACCAUGAGCGUGUUGCUUGAAAUAAAUAUCUUGGCAUGCUUAGAAGAAUUAACGAGUAUUUUGAACAAUUAAACGCUAUUUAGUUUGCAUUGUCAACCCACGUUUAACAGGUAUAUGCGCUCAGGAUUUAAGUCUCAGCAGAGAGAUUUGCAGAUUUUUUUUAGUCUAUUCCGUUCAAAAAAGGUCACAGUUGAGGUGUGAAAUACCAUAAAAAUUUCGCUACAUUGUAUGCUCGGUUAAUUGUACAUUGUUAGCAAAGGCCACCCGUCGCUUUUUAAUAAGUUAUGCUGGUUAGAUUCAUGUCUGGCGUCGCCUUGUUAUUUAUAUCUCGCAAACAAGAUAAUUGCACAAACUUUUAACAAAUUCAAAUUAGAGUAUAAUCCGUCUAAACAAAACGUAAGCGACGAACGCGUGUUUUGUAGCAAUUUAUACGAGAGAACUUUCGAGAGAAAGCUACAUUCAAUGUGUACGCCUUGGAAUUUCCAAAGAUCGUAUAUUCUGCCGAAUGAGAGUUCAAUAUAAAGUGUACACAGUGCAAAAGGUUCAAGUGCUUGUUUGAUAGACCGUAGACGUGGCAUUUCAAUUUUAGCUUAUUAAAUUUACAACAACUGUGGUUAGUUUGCAUACAGGAAUGUUUAAGUUGCAUUUAACGACAGCUGGAUUUCGUCUGGGUGGUCUUUGACACAACAAAUGUCUCUUGAAAGCUUGCAUCUGAUUGCCGCCUAGCGGGAUUGUAACUUUGCCCCAUCAGAAGGCAAGAGUUUACCAUUAUUUUCGCAAGAAAAACUGUGUAUUUUGGAACAAAACCUCCUCAUCGCCUCACAGACAAACUGCGACAAUUGCAAAGAAGAAUUUCGCACGUGUUGUGUGUUGAUCGAAUGAAAUUGACAUAUUUUUUGCAAGAUCGAACAUUUUGGAACAAUCUACGGUUUGAUGAAUUGCCAUCAUCGAAUAUUUUGUAACGAUUAACUCGAGGCGUCUGUAUAUAUGUGACAUUUUUCGUAUCCAUAUAUACCAAGUAGGUACUUUUGAGAUAAAUAGAUAAGAGCAAGAAAGCUUUGUUGCUAAAGGUUUUUGCAGCGCUAGAAAUUUAGGAUUUUAUCAGAUAGGCGGAUAUUGAUAAUUACUAGAAAAUUCAAAAUCGAUACGAAACCCGAAGAAGUGUGAAAUGAAAUCGACAAUUCUAUUUUGAAAUUGAUGGAAACUUUGGAAGAAAACGUGUCAGAACAUGGAGUCUCACAUGGGGUAACACAAUGAAGAUCAUCUCAAACAAAGUGGAGUGAUUUCGUGCACCAGAAAGCAAGAUCAAAGAGCAGAACUUUGGGGACUGAUUUUGUAAUCGACAGGUUUGGAAACCAGUCAAGUGCAGUUUGUUUACAUCCGAAAUUUUACCACGAGAUUUCCUUUGUACGGGAAGUCGAUCAGAUGCGAAGGCGUGCAAUAUAAAAGUAAUAUGCCCUGGUCUUUAUCAUGUGAAAAAAAGCUGACAGGAUUUAAAAGUUAAAUUUGCUCAGUCAUCAAAGAAACGGGAAAUCGUCGUAUCAAAUUUGAAAUAAUUCCAGGUAGAUUGCUACAGUUUGGAACCGAACGGUCAGAAGGCAUCGAACAGUCGUAUUCGAAUGAACUAACAAUUCUUUGUUACGAGUCAAGAAAAAAGAACUUACAUAUGCCGAAUUGCUCUCGGAAGUUCAAAGUGAACUCUCUGGGUUAAUUAUUGAUGAAAACGUCGUCGAUAUUUCGCUUUGGAAAGGGCUCGAAUGUGUACGGAUUAUUGAUGCAACAACGGACAUGUUUUUCUCCAGAAAUCGACGAAAGUCUGAGAAAAGGUCAGGGAAAAAGGAGAAAGGAAGCGACGCAGAUUUGUCGAUAAAAGUAUGUAAACAUAACACAAUAACAAAGUCACGAACUACCGCUGGCUCGAGCUCACAGGCCACAACAAUAUUGAUCUCUGAACAAAAAAUCGGUGAAAAUCAAAACAAAACAAAGAGCUUGAAUACUGUUGAACAUUGUGUUAAUAUCCGGACAAUAUCGAGUCAUGUUGCUAACUCGAGUGACUCGAUUACAAGCCAUGCUACAUCAGGAUCUAGUAGUGAUGGAGUUGGCGAUGAAGAGAAACCAAACAGGCGAACAUAUUCCUUGGAGCAAGUUUCAAAAUCUUUAGAUCAGGUCAUGGCGUCGGGCAAAGCUAUUCUAGACGCACUUGCGUCGGUUAAUAGCAAAGAAUGUGGAAAAAACAGCGACGGAAAUGGGAUUUUUGAUGCAUCGGGCACGAAGAACGAAAGAGAUUUGACCAAACGUGGGACAUACGAUUUGGGAGAUGUUUCUGAAUUGUUGGACGCUUCUGUUGCUAGUGAUAGCUCUUUGGUGGUAAGUUUGAAUCAUGUUUCGCAAGAGUUACCAAACAAAGGUACUUCUACUUCAAAUAUAAAGAGAAAAACGUACGAAUUGGAGGCUGUAUCGACGAGAUUGGACCAGAGUUACGUACAGAACACCUCAGUUGAAGAUAUGUUGUACGACCUCAGCCAAGAUGCCAGCCACAACUCUCAAAACGACUCACUCUCCAAUUCAAAUCUAAAGCGAGAAACCUAUGAUCUUGAAAAGAUUGAAACAGCCUUAGACGAGAGCUUGAAUGGUGACGUGGAACAGACAGAAGAGUCCGAGACUGGUACAAAGCCUACAUUUAAUAUGAACAGACGGGGAACAUAUGACCUAACUGAUGUGUCAAGUCAACUAGAUCAUGCCAGUGAUAUGUCAGCAUUGCUUGAUAAUUCUGAGAAGAAUGCUGCAAACGAGCCAUCCUUAAUAAUGACAAGAAGAAACACUUAUAAUCUCAAUGAUGUUUCAGAUUUGCUUGAUGAAAGUGGUUCUGAUAAAAGUGUUCAGGAGUCACUAGAUAAGAUCUCUUCAGAGAAGCUUAAGCGUAAGACAUAUGAUCUUACAGACAUAGAUCUGGGUCUUAUAGAGCAAUCAAUUGAUGGACAUAUGCUGGAGAACAAUAACACUGUUACAGCAGAGAAACAGUUGUAUGCGGGCGUGAUUGGAAAAAGUGAAUGUGGACCGUCGGAUUUGGAUGAUUCUUUGACAGAAGUUGGGAGUGAAUCGAAGAAACGCAAUACCUAUGUUCACGAGGAUAGUAAUUUACCUGAAGACAACUCCAAUUCUAACAAACUUGCUGACGUGUUGUCAGAGUUUAGUUUGGACAACGAAGAUGGUGUGGAGAGACACGAUGUGGGCUUGACCCCUUGUCAAUGGAUAGACCAGAUGGACGAGCUAAAACCGCCUCCAACCCUCACAAAACCGCCAACACUUUCACCCCUGAAACUUAAACUGAAACCUAAAAAGGUGGGUGCUUCCAAAGCCAGCAAACACAUUUCAGAUGAUACUGCUCAGCUGAAGCUAAGAUCGCAAAGUAUUUCUGGUGUUUUGGAUUUGAAAUCAUCAGCUGAGAUACAACCAAGGUCCAUCAACGACUCCAAGACUGUAUCACAAUUGAAAUCAAACUCCGAACCAAAUCUUGUAACAAGCACUCCAAAAGCUAGCAAUGUUUCCAAAUCCGAGGGCAUUGAAAUGGAUAUUUCACCGGGAAUACGUAACUAUCUUGCUAAUAAACUGGGUCUGUCUGAAGAGCAAUGUCUUGCUGUGCAUCGUCGCCUCAGUGGUAGUGGCGUUGAAACCUUACCAGAUGCUACAAAAUUUGCCAAUCGUAAGACGUACAGUUUGGAUGAUGUUGCACAGUCAUUGGAUAUCGCAACUAGUCAAGGAUUACCAAUGACCAAAGUUCUGGACAACCUUGAUACUGAGAAUACUGAGGAUGAUACAAAUAUUGCUCACGAAAGCAUUACUAAACAGAGAACAGACAGCGAUUCUAACAAUCUGGAAGUUGGAAACACCACUGCUCAGGUGGAAAAUAGUUUACUCAGCCCUCCCAAGCCUCAAACACUUGAUUUGGAAUCAGCAACACAGAAGUCUUCAUCGGAUCAGAAGACUCGGAUUCCUGCUAGUGGAAGUAGUUUUGUUAAUGGCAGCCCAACAGCAAAGGUGUCUCCUUUAGAGGAACAGUUUAAGCUGGUUCGGAAGAAAGCAGUCUACAAACCUUCCGCAAAGCUUCAAAGUUUCUCGCACUUGUUGGGUGGCAAAGGCAGCCUGGUUCCACUCAGAAGGACAAGAGGGAAGAAUGAUCCAUUGAAGAGAAAUACAUACACAUUAGAAAGUGUUGCAGAAAGUUUGGAGAAAGCCCAAGAUGCUGGAGUACCCAUGUUGGACGCAUUGAAAAGAUUGUCAGGGUCUUGUCAAAGUGCACCAUCAGAAUUACCUGCGGAGAAACGCAGAACCUACAACCUCGAAGAUCUCUCAAACACUCUGGAAACCGCAGCGGCCGAGGGGGUAACCAUUGUCGACACCCUCCGAACAAUAGCGGACCCUCUCCAUCAAGAUGACUCUGGCAAAGAUGUAGUAGCAUCUGAUGAAACACUAAGACGACAAGACGAGAUAUUUGAAUCGUCGAAAACCCCAGACAGCGUUCCUCAAACAACAAAAUCCUCUCCCAAAAAGAAAGCACCUCCGAAGCCGAAGAGGACUUUUAGUAAUUCAUCUAAACAUGAGAUAAAGUUUGUUUCUGACUCGUUUGUCAUCGAGUACUACACGUCGCCGCCUGCCAAGAGAUCGCAGUCAGAUAGUUCUGUGCAGGAUCUCAAGUCUGGGAACCGUGAGAAUGAUUGUGUGGAAAACGAAGAAAAAUAUCAUGCUUACAUCAAUCAUAAUAUCCUGGCCGAGACGAUUGCCGCUGGUGGAGAAACGCCGGAGCUCUCAGCUGCGAGUCAGAGUGGAAAGGAUAAGGGGACCUCCUCGAUCAGGAAAGAUGGGAAACCAACUGCAAGAGUUGUUAAUGAUUUGGAUUCUUUGAUAAUGAGAUUAGCUGCUGAGGUUGAGAAACCAACCAGUGUUGAUAUCAUUAAGUCUAAGAGUAGAAAAUCCAUUCCUAGCAGCGCUUGUAUUGACCACGACGUGAGCUCUUCGAGCAAGGCGCCUGAAUCUUCCAAUGAAAAAGCGUCUCCGAGCACGAAGGAAGGACUUCCAGACACGGAAUCGAACCUUUCGGAAACGAAACCUGAGUUUCCCAGCACGAAACGUGACUUCUCGAGCACGAAUCUAAGUUUUCAGAACACGGAACCUUGGUUGCCCAGCACGAAACUUGAUGACGAGGGAUAUUGUUCUCUUUCACGGAAACCAGGAACAAGGUCAAUAAGUUUGGAAACUUCCUUGGAUGACCUUUCCAAGAAAGAGAAACUCGUGACCACCGUGGAAGAAGACGAUAGUUGUGUUGAAUGAAAAGGAGUGUGAUGUGGAUAUUAUUUGUUCCUAUGCGGAUGAUGGGAAUGAAACACAGGAAGUUUUCAUGAAGUUGACGGCUGAGGAAGACAGCGAGACCGCUGACACAGGUGAAUUGACAGGGGGAAAAUCAUUUCGUAAGGGGUUCAUCUUCUAUAGUAUUUGAUAACGGAAGUUUAAUAUGGGAGUGGGUGUGAUAAUCUGAUCGCAACCCUCGUUAUGUAAACAUGUUUAUGAUUCUGGCAUGAUUGUUACGUGAUAGAGCAUGUGCGUAUGCAAGACACAUGGCUGGGUUUUAAAUUUAGUAAUUUUGAAUGUUAGUUAUGUGAAAGACAAAAUGCGCUAUCACGGGAUAAUCAUCCUGCAUGCACUUGUCUCAUUGUGAUAUCACAUGAUAGUCACGUGUUAGGGGAGUGUUCGCAUACAAGCGUUAACAGAUAAAUCUAACCGUUUAUCCUCGAAUCUAAAGAAAAAAUUGUUGUAAUCUUAAACUUUCUAUAGUUAAAAUAUUGUACUAAAAACACAAUGCUGUUAAUCAACAGUUCUGAAACGUAAAAAAAUUCUAAACACUCAAGCACAUUUUAGUUGAUUAACAAAACUUUCUGAUUUGCAAUAAAAUCCAAUUAAUCUUGUACCAAUGAGUAAAUAAUCUUUAACAAUACAUAUCUACUCUCAACACACGUAAAAAUUGCUUCAUUAAUCGUAAAAGAAAUGCAUUAAACUAACAAAUAUAAGCCUGAGAUAAAUUCUGUGAGAGGUCAAAGAGAACCUUUUCUUGUAAUCAUCAUUGAUCAUGCGAUGUUUUGCGCCAAGUGCUUCAAAUAUCCGGCGCUCGGGUUCAUUU